CUUUUCCUUGCAGCACCAUAUGGUUGAAUGGAAUCGCUCUCACGCUGAUGGGCUUCUCGUUCGCCUUCGCACUCAUCCCGACAUUCGCCAUAUUGUUCGAUUCCUAUGGUCCGCAAGAUGAAGACGAUGCUGUGAACAUUGCGAUGUACUCCUCAGUCGCCGGUAUCUGGCAAUCGGCUUAUUCGUUCGGGGAGUUCAUUGGACCAGCUGUUGGAGGAGUCAUGCUGGAGAAUGUGCAAUAUCCUUGGUCCGCCAGCAUCUUUGGGUUGCUCUGCCUUUCUUCUGCUGGUCUCGUCGGUGGCGUGGAAGCCGUGCGUCGGUGCAGAAAAUCGGCAGCAGACGAAAGCGUCGGUCCCAAUUUAGCAAAGAUUGAAAUGGACGGCGAGAAGACGCCUUUGCUACUUUCGGCUUCUUUGCAUGCGGAUCGAGUCAAAGCGUCGUUUUAG